AAAACCCUCACUCCCACACUCUCUCUCUCUAGGGUUUUACAGCUGCAUCGAAAAUGGCGACAACUCGCAUGAUCUUCACUCGCUCUUUCCUCACCACCAAGCAAACACUCUCCUCCCUCCUCUCUCGCUCCUCCUCCUCCUCCUCCUUCGUUGCUUCUCUCUCCACCCCUCCUCCCUCCUCUCUCUCCUCCUCCAUCCUCCGCCUCCGUCCGCUCGUCGCCGUCAACUUCCACUGCCACUCUCCGGCGACUGCCGCGCGCGGCUAUGCGACUCGCAGAACGUCGUCGUCUCUCAACGAUCAGAACCCUAACUGGUCCAACCGGCCGCCCAAGGAGACGAUACUGCUCGAAGGGUGCGAUUUCGAGCACUGGCUCGUCGUCGUGGAGAAUCCCAAGGGUGACCCCACCAGGGACGAGAUUAUCGACGGCUAUAUUAAAACCCUUUCUGAGGUCGUCGGGAGCGAGGAUGAAGCAAGGAUGAAAAUCUAUUCAGUCUCGACAAAACACUAUUUUGCAUUUGGAGCCCUUGUAUCUGAAGAACUUUCAUUCAAACUCAAAGAAUUGCCACAUGUCCGAUGGGUGCUUCCUGAUUCUUACUUGGAUGUUAGGAAUAAAGAUUAUGGAGGGGAGCCCUUCAUUAAUGGGCAGGCCGUACCUUAUCACCCGAAGUACCAUGAGGAAUGGGUGAAAAACAGCAUCAAUGCAACUGAGAGAAAUAAACGCAAUGACAGACCUCGCAACUUUGACAGGCCAAGGAAUUCUUGGAGGAGGGGGAAUCAAGAUGUUCAGAAUCCUCCUGGAUCCUACCCGAGUGGAGUCCCACCGAACAACAUGACAAGUCCGCCCAAUAUGGCAGACCCACCACCAGGUAAUAUGGGACGUCAGCCCAACAUAGCAGGGAUGCCACAAAGUAACAUGGGUGGUCAGUCCAAUAUGGGGGGGAUGCCGCAAACUAACAUGGGAAGUCAGACCAACACUGGAGGAGGGAUGCCGCAGUACAACACAGGAGGAGGCCAGCCGCAGUACAACACGAUAGGAGGUAUGCCACAGAACAAUACGGGAGGCAAUCCGCAGUACAACACAGGACGAAUGCCUCAAAAUAACAUGUGCGGGCCACCUAACAACAUGCGGGGUGGUAUGCCACCCAACAACAUGGGAGGAGGAGCUUGCAAUACCGCUCCUCCAAAUUCCCGAUAUGAGCCUAACAAUGGAGGCAUGCCUUACCAAAACAGGGAAAUGUCUGGUCCCAGACAAAACAGAGAGUACCAGCAUAAUAACUUUGCUCCAAACUCGGGGGUUGGAAAUCCUUACCAGACUCGAGACAUGACCGGAAGAGAUAUGCCCCAACAACCAAAUUAUCAGUAGGCCUGUUGUAGAUACACAAGGAUGGAGUUUAAUGUCUCGGGGUUUAUCCUACAUGUCUUCUUUUUCUUCAUGCUUGGGAAAUAGAAGAAUUCCAUCCAGUGGCAUCUUGGGUUUCAUCAAGGAUACAUUUAAAACAGCCUUUUCUGUUUGAAGUCACUCCUAACAGGAGCACAGGGUAAGAAGCAAAAUCGUUCCUGACAGGGACGUGGAAGAAGCUCUUGAAACGUAGUCGGAAAACUCUCAGGGUGUUUAGGACUGAAGGUGAUGGAAGAUUUUUGUUGAAAUUUGUGAGGGUCCUUUUGAGGGAUUAACAACUAUGAAGAGUUGGCUCGAAAAAGAUCAGGCAAUCAACUCUCGUGGUAUUAUGAUUCUGUGUAUAUAAUAUGCAAAUGAAAAAUCAUUUGAUCUCUGUGUUU